AUGUCAUUUUGUGAGGCAAAUGUUGAUCCACUAUGGCAGCAACCUAUGACUGAGGAAUUUCAAUUUGUUGGGAGUUUGAUUUAUUUGACUGUUACGCGACCAGAUAUUGUUCAUGCAGUUCAUAUUGUGAGUCAGUUAAUGGCCGCUCCGAGGACCUCACACCACUCUGAUGUCUUACAUAUUCUUCGUUAUCUGAAAGGUACUUUCCUGUAUGGUUUACACUUUUCAUCGCACUCAUCUUUGACUCUCAGCGGUUACUCUGAUGUUGAUUGGUCUGGUGAUCCUAUCGAUUGUCGUUGGACCACUAGUUUAUGCUUCUUCCUUGAUGAUUCUUUCAUCUUUUGGCGCAACAAGAAGCAGACUUUAGUUUCUCGAUCGAGUGCCGAGUCUGAGUAUCAUGCUCUUACCAACUCUACGUCAGAACUUUUGUUGUUUCUCAGUCAUCUUCUACUACUCUUCACUGCAACAAUCAGAGUGCUAUGA